GGUCCGUGAGAGGCAAUGGCAGAGGUGUAGAGGGAGAGAGAGGAAUCAAGCGUCCUGACAGCUUCACUUCAAACUCAACACCUUUGACACACUGACCAGUGGACAGCACAUCCAGACCCGACACACCCGAGCCUCCCGACCGCCCGCGACUCGCAGCUCAGCAGGGCUUUCUUAAUCUCAGUUUAAGCCGAAGCCACACACCAUGUCCUUAAAACCGCGGGUGGUGGAUUUCGAUGAGACGUGGAACAAGCUCCUAACGACAAUCAGAGCGGUUGUGAUGCUUGAUUACGUGGAGAGAGCAACAUGGAACGACCGCUUCUCUGACAUAUAUGCGCUGUGUGUUGCAUAUCCAGAGCCUUUAGGGGAAAAACUGUACACUGAGACAAAGGUGUUUCUGGAAAAUCACGUCCGGCAGUUGUUCAAGAGAGUCCUGGAUUCGGAGGAAAAGGUUUUGGUGAUGUAUCACAGAUACUGGGAGGAAUACAGCAAAGGUGCUGAGUACAUGGAUUGCUUAUACAGGUAUCUUAACACACAGUUUAUUAAGAAGAACAAGCUGACCGAAGCAGACCUGCAGUAUGGAUAUGGAGGGGUGGAUAUGAAUGAGCCGUUAAUGGAGAUUGGAGAGCUUGCACUUGACAUGUGGCGGAAGUUAAUGAUUGAGCCCCUUCAACCGAUGCUGAUCGGGAUGCUUCUGAAAGAGAUCAAGAACGACCGAUGUGGGGAAGACCCCAAUCAGAAGGUAAUCCAUGGGGUUAUCAACUCCUUUGUUCAUGUUGAACAGUACAAGAAAAAGUUUCCUCUAAAGUUUUAUCAGGAAAUCUUUGAGGGGCCGUUCCUGACAAAAACCGGAGAGUAUUACAAACAGGAAGCCUCCAAUCUACUGCAGGAGUCCAACUGCUCCCAGUAUAUGGAGAAGGUUUUAGGCCGGUUGAAAGACGAGGAGGUGAGAUGUCGGAAGUAUCUGCACCCCAGCUCUUACGCCAAAGUCAUCCAUGAAUGUCAGCAGAGGAUGGUGGCCGAUCACCUGCAGUUCUUGCACGGGGAGUGUCAAAAUAUCAUCAGACAGGAAAAGAGAGACGAUAUGGCGAAUAUGUACACGCUACUGCGGGCCGUGUCCAGCGGCUUACCUCACAUGAUCCAGGAGCUCCAGGUUCACAUUCACGAUGAGGGUCUCAGAGCCACGAGUAACCUCUCUCAGGAAAACAUGCCAACGCAGUUUGUGGAGUCGGUGUUGGAGGUUCAUAGUAAAUUUGUCCAGUUGAUUAACACAGUGUUGAAUGGGGACCAACACUUCAUGAGUGCGCUUGAUAAGGCCUUGACUUCAGUAGUGAACUACAGAGAGCCCAAAUCCAUCUGCAAAGCGCCUGAGCUGCUGGCUAAGUACUGUGACAAUCUGUUGAAGAAAUCUGCAAAAGGAAUGACAGAGAAUGAGGUUGAAGACAAACUGACCAGCUUCAUCACAGUCUUCAAAUACAUUGACGACAAAGAUGUGUUUCAGAAGUUUUACGCCAGAAUGCUUGCGAAGAGGUUAAUACAUGGACUUUCAUUAUCUAUGGACUCAGAGGAAGCCAUGAUCAACAAGCUGAAGCAAGCGUGUGGCUAUGAAUUCACAAGCAAACUGCACAGAAUGUACACUGAUAUGAGCGUCAGCACCGACCUCAACAACAAAUUCAACAACUUUAUCAAAACCCAGGAGACUGUCGUCGACCUGGGCAUCAGCUUCCAGAUUUAUGUAUUACAGGCAGGCGCAUGGCCCCUCACACACGUUCCCUCUUCCACGUUUGCCAUCCCGCAGGAGCUGGAGAAAAGUGUACAAAUGUUUGAGUUGUUUUAUAACCAGCACUUCAGCGGAAGGAAGCUGACCUGGCUACAUUAUCUCUGCACAGGCGAGGUGAAGAUGAAUUAUCUGUCCAAGCCCUACGUGGCAGUGGUGACCACCUAUCAGAUGGCCGUGCUGCUGGCGUUCAACAACGGUGAGACUGUGAGCUACAAAGAACUGCAGGACAGCACGCAAAUGAACGAGAAGGAGCUCCAGAAGACCAUUAAAUCCCUGUUGGACGUCAAGAUGAUCAGCCACGAUUCGCAGAAAGAGGAAAUCGAAGCCGAAUCUACGUUUUCCCUAAUUAUGAGUUUCACCAGUAAAAGAACAAAGUUCAAGAUCACAACAUCAAUGCAGAAGGACACGCCACAGGAGCUGGAACAGACGAGGAGUGCCGUGGAUGAAGACAGGAAAAUGUAUUUACAGGCUGCUAUAGUGAGGAUUAUGAAAGCCAGGAAAGUCUUGAGACACAACGCCCUCAUACAGGAGGUAAUCAACCAAUCCAAAGCGAGAUUCAACCCGAGUAUCAGCAUGAUCAAGAAGUGCAUUGAGGUUCUUAUCGACAAGCAGUACAUCGAGCGAAGCCAGAGCUCUGCGGACGAAUACAGCUAUGUCGCAUAGAAACAUAUUAAUUUAAAGAAAGAAAAAUAAACAAAAAGCGCCGUUAAGCGUGAACGGUAAACAUGUCUUUUAUUUCCGGCUCUGGCUGGCUCCGGCACUCAACAUCGGAUCGAAUCGGGACUCUGUGCCUCCAUGUUUGUUAAAAAAGGGCCUCCGAGUAGCUGGACAGUCAUCAAAAGCACCCUGUCUCUCCACACCCCCAUCCUGACCCCUUCUGAUUUUAUGCUGUUUACAUCACCAGUGCCACGCCCAGUGCGUCUAUGAAAAAAGAAAAUGCCUAUAGCUACUCGAGCGUAAAAGGAUAAUACAUUUUUAAGACGUAAUCGUACAAGAGAAAGCGAACGAAUGAAAUGCAUCACAUAGAGCAAAACAAAUGAAAUGUUUGAGAAACGGCCGAAAAAAAACAACCAUGCUUUCUUUUCUCACGUUGCAGUUGUUGUGUGUAUUCUUUUUUAAUGUAUCAAAGUCAAAGAACUAUUGUAAUAAAACCGGUAUACUGAUAAUUGCAUUUACUUUCAAGAUAUAAAAAACAAAUAUGAGGUGACAAACAUGAUUCUGCUGCUUGUCAAAUAAACAAAUAAAAAACACACUUUUUUUGUAAA